AUGAAACCCGAAACCCCAAUCGAUGGCGAUGGACAAGACGUUCUAUUACUAGACGACGUUAAGAAUGGACAAUCUGAGCUGGAUGUGCAAUUAGUGCUGCCGCGGUAUGUGGAACGCGGCUCCAGCGCAACGAUGAAAUGCAAGCAUAACGUGCGGCCGGAAAUCCUUUAUAAGGUGACGUGGCUCAAAGUUGGCAAGGGUAAAUUUUUUGAAUUCAUAAACGGACGGAAUCCACCCUUCCGGAACACAUCCAUUGAAGGCGGUGAAAUUGACUGGGAAAAUUCCAACGAGACACAGGUGACGCUGAAAAAUGUUGACUUUGAUUUGUCUGGACAAUUUUUCUGUGAGGUUUCAACGGACUCACCUAUUUAUACAGAACCUUCACAAGAUGAAUUGCUAUCUGUAUUUUUACCUCAAACUGGACCACCCAUAAUAAAAUUCCGGAAGCGCAUGCCAUUUGUCAUUGGUGAGAGAUUAUUUGCUUUGUGCAAUACGACACGCGCGUUUCCAGCGCCACACAUCACGUGGCUAAUCAAUGGCAAGAAGGUUGAGGAUAAAUUUGUGCGGACGCAUCAUGCUUAUUCUAUGACCAAUAAGAGUCAUCGGCGUGCACAACAACAACAUCAGCAACAACAACAAUUAAUGCAACAAAAAUACUAUCAACAACAAUAUUACAAUCAAUAUCAGCAGCAAUAUCAGGUUCCGCUUUUAAUUGAUCGAUAUGACAAAAGUUUACGUUGGAGCGGUGGACGACCAGAUGAUUUCACUUCGCACAGCGCAUACCAUCAUGAUGGACACCACCAUUCCAUUUAUAAUAAUCCCUUCAGUUCCUUGGCCAAUAUGCACGAAGUUUAUGAUAAUCAUGAGAUUCAUCAACGUAACUACGACAAUAAACAGAGAGAGGCGAAGAAGCGUAUGGAAAUGAAGAAGCACAGAAACUCGUCAAAACAGAAAUACCGCCGGCAUAUCAACGAGAACCCGCUCAGCACAAUACGCGCCACACUAAAUAGCGGCGGAUUUGGCCCACAACCACCGAAUCUCAACAACGAGCUCGGCAUACCACCGAAUGCAGGACCAAUGCAUCAACUAGCCGCUGGCUAUGGACGCCCAAUAUCACAUCCCGGCGGCGGCUUGGGUGUGGCAGCAGCUGCUGCUGCAGUUGCGUCAGCGACCAAGGAGAGAGGCAUGUUCUCACUUAGCCAACUUAAUAUAGAUUUGGAAGAGGCGCAUAAUAACAAUGGGCGCAUGGAACUGACGUGCUUGUCCACCAUACCAUCGACCAUAGGUCAAGGAGAACAGUUUGCUGAUUACAAAACGUACUCGGUGAAAGUUGAACUCCUACGAGCGGAAGCUUCGUCAACAACAACAACUGCUCCAAGUAUAGGAAUGGCAGCCUUAGGAAAUGGCGCCUCACACUCUGGAGAAUCGGCAGCGGCUGGUCGGCCCACACUGAGUUUCUCCAUUGGAAUUUACUAUACGUGGCCCGCACUGGCAUCGCUGACAACUGUGUUGCAGAUGUUGUUUUACUAAGGCGGGAAAAUGGUAAGCUUCAAUUGUGGUGGCACACAGAAUACGCUAAGAGAUGCAGCAACGCCUCGGCCCACCGAACAAUGAACCGAAGGUAAAAACCGAAAUCUCUCAGAAGCUGAAACUACAAUUAAACCAAGCUGAUGUGUACCUUUAGAUAAAUAUACAUACAUGCUUCUGUCUUAGCAUACGGCAAAGUUCAGAACAAACAAAUAGACACAAGUACAUACAUACAUAUACAUGCAGAUAUGUACAUACAUAUAUU